AUGAAUAAAUCACAACGUGAAGAAGAAGUCAUAACUCCAUCUUCAAAUUUUCUACCGACAUCAAAACAAGAUGGUUUAGAGAUCAUCGAGCUCGUAUCGGAGGAGAAAAUUCUUUUUCAAUUUUCACCAAACGACCCACAAAAACCAGAUGCGCAAAUUUUUCCCUUGACUACAUUUUUCAUUUUCCUCCUUCAUUCAUUUUUAGUUUCUUCGAUUUCAAAACAAUGA